UGGAAUAUUUCUAGAGAAAUUAAACAGGUUUAGCCAGAAAAAGAUUAGAUAAAGGAAAGUUUUAGUUCUUUUAGUUAUUAUUUUUUUAGGCCAAGGGAGAAAAGCAAUAGAUUAAAGAAAAAGUUAAAGAGAUGUUUUAGAGAGAGAAGCUAAAAAAUGGAGCAAAUUAAAAGAUCAAUUAGAGAGAGAACAUAAGAGGAAUCUAAUUCUCAAUUAUAAAUCCAAAUGGAAAUCAAUAAUAAAAUAAUAGAAAGCAAAAUUAUAAUGAUUUUGUUCCUAAUCAUUUUAUUUUAUAACUUAUAAGAUGUGAAGUCAAUAUAAAUGUGAUACGUUCUAUGUCUAUCAACAAAAGUUUCCAUCUUUGCUAGCCAAACAUUUAAUUUAUUAGCCAAAUUAAUUCUAAAAACGAUAACAACUAUGAAUGAAAUUUAUAUGUAGGUCUGAAGAAGGGACCAUCAAUGAAGUUGUGAAUCAUAUUUUCAACAAAUUACGUCCAGAUUUAUUUCGAUAUGAUGAUAAAUUAGUUGGAAUUAGCCGAAGAUUACAUGAAAUAAAUAAGCUAAUGGGAAUAGGCUUAGAUGACGUACGGUUGAUUGGAAUAUGGGGAAUGGGUGGAAUUGGCAAAACAACCAUCGCUAGAAUCAUUUACAAAAGUGUUUCCCAUUUGUUUGAUGGAUGUUAUUUUUUGGACAAUGUCAAAGAAACUUUAAAGAAAGAAGGCAUAGCUUCUUUACAACAAAAGCUUCUAACAGGAGCUCUAAUGAAAAGAAACAUUGACAUCCCUAAUGCUGAAGGAGCUACAUUAAUCAAGAGAAGAAUGAGUAAUAUUAAAGCUCUUAUAAUUCUCGAUGAUGUCGACCAUCUAAGCCAACUUCAGCAGUUAGCUGGCGGUUCGGAUUGGUUCGGUUCAGGAAGUCGAGUCAUCGUUACGACGAGAGAAGAACAUCUCCUAAUUUCACAUGGAAUCAAAAGACGAUACAAUGUUGAAGUGCUGAAAAUUGAAGAAGGUAUUCAGCUUUUCUCACAAAAGGCAUUUGGAGAGGACCAUCCAAAGAAAGGGUAUUUUGAUCUUUGUAGCCAAGUUGUAGAUUAUGCUGGAGGGCUUCCAUUAGCAAUUGAGGUUCUUGGAUCUUCUCUACGUAAUAAACCAAUGGAGGAUUGGAUAGAUGCUGUGAAAAAGUUGUGGGAAGUUCGUGAUAAGGAAAUUAUUGAAAAGUUGAAAAUUAGUUAUUAUAUGUUAGAGAAAGAUGAUAGGGAAAUUUUUCUAGAUAUUGCAUGUUUUUUCAAGAGGAAGAGUAAGAGACAAGCAAUAGAAAUUCUUGAAAGUUUUGGAUUUCCUGCUGUUUUUGGACUAGACAUAUUGAAGGAAAAGUCUCUUAUUACUACACCACACGAGAAGAUACAAAUGCAUGAUUUGAUACAAGAAAUGGGUCAAAAAAUCGUUAACGAAAAGUUUCCAGAUGAACCCGAAAAACGAAGCAGGUUGUGGCUUCGUGAGGAUAUAACUCGUGCUCUAAGUCAUGAUCAGGGAACAGAAGCAAUUAAAGGGAUAAUGAUGGAUUUGGAUGAGGAGGGAGAAUCACAUUUAAAUGCCAAAGCCUUUUUUUCAAUGACAAAUCUAAGAAUAUUGAAAUUGAACAAUGUUCAUCUUAGUGAAGAAAUUGAAUAUCUGUCUGAUCAACUAAGGUUUCUCAAUUGGCAUGGUUACCCUUUAAAGACCUUACCAUCAAAUUUUAAUCCCACAAAUCUAUUGGAGCUUGAGUUGCCAAAUAGCUCUAUUCACCAUCUUUGGACUGCUUCAAAGAGCAUGGAAACAUUGAAAGUGAUAAACCUAAGUGAUUCUCAGUUCCUAUCAAAGACACCUGAUUUUUCAGGUGUUCCAAAUCUUGAAAGAUUGGUUUUAAGUGGCUGUGUAGAACUUCACCAACUUCACCACUCUUUGGGUAAUCUAAACCAUCUAAUUCAAUUGGACCUCAGAAAUUGCAAGAAAUUAACAAACAUUCCUUUCAAUAUUUCCUUAGAAUCUCUCAAAAUUUUGGUUCUUUCAGGCUGUUCAAAUCUCACCCAUUUCCCAAAAAUCUCAUCAAACAUGAACCAUCUACUAGAGCUUCAUUUAGACGAAACAUCCAUAAAAGUUUUGCAUUCAUCAAUAGGACAUUUAACAUCACUUGUUUUAUUAAAUCUCAAAAAUUGCACAGAUCUUCUAAAACUUCCUUCCACUAUUGGCUCUCUAACAUCUCUAAAAACCCUCAAUUUAAAUGGCUGCUCAAAACUUGAUAGUCUUCCAGAGAGUUUAGGAGAUAUUUCUUCCUUAGAGAAGCUUGAUAUUACAAGCACUUGUGUAAAUCAAGCUCCAAUGUCAUUUCAGCUUUUGACCAAACUAGAAAUACUAAACUGUCAAGGACUAUCUCGCAAAUUUCUUCAUUCAUUAUUCCCUACUUGGAAGUUCACUAGAAAAUUCUCCAAUUAUUCUCAAGGGUUGAAAGUGACAAAUUGGUUUACAUUUGGUUGCUCUUUGAGGAUUUUGAAUCUGAGUGAUUGUAAUUUGUGGGAUGGAGAUUUACCUAAUGACCUUCAUAGCUUAGCUUCAUUGCAAAUUCUUCAUCUAAGUAAAAACCAUUUUACCAAAUUGCCUGAAAGCAUCUGUCAUCUUGUGAAUUUGAGGGAUCUAUUUUUGGUGGAAUGUUUUCAUCUUCUGAGUUUACCAAAACUUCCGCUAAGUGUUAGAGAAGUAGAAGCAAGAGAUUGUGUUUCACUAAAAGAAUAUUACAAUAAAGAGAAACAAAUUCCUUCAAGUGAAAUGGGAAUGACAUUUAUUCGAUGUCCAAUCUCUAAAGAACCAUCGGAAAGCUACAAUAUUGAUCAGCCUCGCCUUUCUGCUAUUCACUUGAGAACUAUGGUUCAACGAUACAUUGAGGUUCUGACAUGGCAACAAGAAAAAUACUUUUUUGUGAUUCCAUGUCCUAACUGCAUAGGAUGCUUUGAUAAAAAAAAAUAUGGAUUCUCAAUAACAGCCUGUUGCGAACCAGAUUACAUAAGUGAAGAAAAUCCAAGGAUUGGAAUUGCUUUAGGUGCUGCAUUUGAAGUUCAAAAACAUGAAAUGAGAAACAACAGUAACGAUGCAAAAAUUUGUUGUGAGUUCAUAGUGAAAAUGGAAACAGAUGAGUGCCCUCCAAAAUCAGCCAUUGUUUUUGAUGGGCAAAGAGAUGAAUUGGGAAGCCCAGUUGGGCUAUCAGUAUUUUACAUUCCAAUGAAAAGGAUAUCAAGUUGGUUGAACCAAUCUUGUUGCAUUGAUGUUUCAAUAGUCACUGACAACCCAUUUGUGAAGAUCAAAUGGUGUGGAGCUUCAAUAUUGUAUGAACAAAAUGCAGGGAGUUUUAUCGGGAACAUUAUCAAGGACUUGUUUGGAUCUCCAGGAAAAUAUCAUACAUCAAUUGUUGAUCAUAUUUUGAACCGACAAAAUCGUGUCGAUGUUUCUACUUUGUUGGAUGGUGGAGCUCGUUACAAGACUUCUUGGUCUAAUGCAUUCCAAAGGACGAUUGGGUCAUUUCCAAGACUUCAACCAAGUAGACAACCACGUAAGGUUAUAGAGGAUUCUUCCACCAUGAAUACAACGUUUGAAGUUGAAGAAAAUGAAAGUGAUGACAACUCUAUCAUUUUAAAACGAAAAAAUCUAAAGGCAACACUUCUAAGGACUUUUGAGGAACUGAAGUUGUAUGGUGAAUACUACAUAUUUCCUAAAAAAGAAAUGCCAAGAAGUUUCUUCAAUUUUCAACUAGAGGAGCCUGAAAUCACAAUCAAGAUACCUCCAAAUUUGCAUAAAGAUAAGAAGUGGAUGGGGUGUGCCUUUUUUGUAGUAUUUUCAGUUGAUGAGAAUUCACCAAAAUCUCAUUCCUUCUCUUACCAAGUGGACAAUGAUGAAUAUACAAUGGAAAGAGAAUCAGUUAUUCGCUUGAAUACGGAGUUGUUCGACGAUUCCCAUCAACUUUGGAUGUUUUUCGAGCCUCGUGGUGUUUAUCCAUAUAGAUUAAAUCAAUGGAGGCAUCUUUGUUUCACAUUCGUAUGCAAUAACCCAGACUUUAAGGCUGUUCUUUGUGGUGCACGUCUUGUUUAUAAGCAAGAUGUUGAAGGAUUUGUGAACACAAUUGUGAGUAAUGUGUUGAGUUUACCAGUUGAAUUGCUCGAAUUUUAUGAUCAAAUGUAUGUUGAAGGCAUGUUAAGGAAUAUACUUUAUCAUAAGUAUGAUCCAAAGCAUAAGCAGUGGGUUGAGGAACAAAAUUCAAAUCCUCAUAAUUCUCAAGAAGAUUCAAGUUCUUGUAGUUCAAAUAUGGAAAGAAGCCUCAUUUUGCAACUCAAAGAAAGCAUUCCUUCUUUCCUUCAAAAGGAUUCAAAGGAUCGGUUUGGAAACACAUUUGAUUUCGUUAUUCCAAAGAGAAACUUUCCCCCGGCACUGCUUAAUCAACUAUCUCCAGAGAAUCCUACAGGAGUCCAAUUACCUCCAAGUUUAUAUACUAAUAAUGAUUGGUUGGGAUUUGUAGUUUGCACUCUCUUCCAAAUCAACAAACAUCCCACAGCAAUACUCAACAAUGUUUGCUCAAUUUCAAGGCAUGAACUCAUUUGUCAAUUUGCGAUUGAGAUUGGAUUAAUUGAACCAUUACACACUCAUGGUAUCACUGAGGACAGAUCCAUUUGGCUUCAGGAACGCCAAUUUGUUUGGCUUUAUUACACCCCAAGACACACAUAUGGUGAAAUCUUUCGUCAAUGGUCUUCUGUUUGGGCUGUUAUUGAAGCUGAUACCCCUGAUUUGAUGGUGAGCUGUUGUGGAAUGAGUUUAGUAUACAAGAAAGAUGCGGCAGUGAUCGACAAGAUAUUGAUGAGAGCCAUUCAAUGAUCAAUAUAAUAUCUUAUACAAACAUGCAACACCCCACAAAAUUAUGUAUUAAUUAGUUUAUUGUGUAUUAUAUUGUCACAACUCUGCCUCUAACUAUCCUGCUAAAUUUAGUUUGAGAUGGUUGAGAAUGUGAAAAGUUUCCUUAUUAAUGUGAAUAUGAAAGGUUUCACUCAAUAUUAAACUUAAAUUUGUGACUUUUGGUUUUUGUAGUCA